AUGAAGGGGGAAGCAGAUGUGGCGAUCAAGGCUGAGGGUAUUUCUACACAUGGCAAAAAGCUUGCAAGAUGGAAAGACCUUACUCAGACCAAGUAUGCCACUGAAGAUGAUAGCAUCAGAGCUGAGGUCCAAGAAAAGCACCAGGAAGCUCUUACAAACUGGAAAGAAAAAUGUGAGCUAGCAAGAGCCAGUGUUGUUCAGGAUCUUGGACAAGAGGAAAAGAUCAGAGCCUUCAAUGAACUCAGGGCACAUCUUGAUUGUAUCUUCUGCCACCUGUCCUACAAGACAGGUGGACUUAAGUUCAGUUGUAUUGCUGGAGGACAGAACCCAGCCACAGGUGACAUAGUAAUUCUUGACUAUCACCUUGGAGAGACGGAGAUGGGAGAUGAGUUUUUGGCUGAAUAUGCUGGGUUCAGCAAAGUCCAGGCAGCCUAUGCCAAUUUCAUCAAAUUGGCACUGGCUCAUGAUGACAAAAUGUUAGUAGCUCCAACACUGGAUGCAGGUACCACUGCAGAUGAAGUGGCCAACAACCCAGAUAAUAUUUUUGAGGAGGGUAGCAAGGAUGAGGAGGAGGAAAAUUCUGCUGAGGAAGAGGGAAAUGUUAAGGAGAAUGAAGAGCUUGGGGUUAUGGACGAUAUUGGACUGGGGCUGGACAGCCUUUUUAAGUUUGACUGA